AUGGCUUUGGAUUUUUGUUUGACCACUGACAGCGUCCACAGUGAUGAAACAUGGAUCUUAAAGACGGAGGGAGUACACGGUGAAGUUCCUUCUGAUGUGGCGCCAGACCAAAGGGAAGAGGAACAGGCGCCUCCUGUUAACCAUCGCCAAGAUUUUAAUGUUUUGGAGUUGAACGUUGUGAACACGAGCGAGAAAGAUGCCUCCCCUUUAAAAACUGUAUUCGAUGCUUUAGACCAGGACGGUGACGGCUUUGUUCGCAUUGAGGAGUUUAUGGAGUUUGCUGCUGCCUAUGGUGCUGAUCAGGUCAAAGAUCUGACCAAGUUUUUGGAUCCCAGUGGUCUGGGAGUAAUCAGCUUUGAAGACUUUCACCGGGGAAUUUCCGCUAUCAGCAAUGGAGGUCCAGAGCCACAGCUGUACAGUGCGCACUACAGUCCAGGCGACGGAGCUGUCGGGUGUCCAGAAGAAUAUGACGAGCAAAAUGAGGUGACAGACAGCGCAUACCUGGGUUCAGAGAGCACGUACAGCGAAUGCGAGACCUUCACCGACGAGGACACCGGUGCCCUCGUGCCCCCUGAGAUGCACGAGGAUGUGGACACGGACAGUGGUAUCGAGGCAGCUCUUCACGACCCUGAAGAGGCCAUAAAUAGGUUCUCCCUCAACUCAGAACUGCACAACGCCUCCCUCGUGGCUGUCAUCGGUGGUGAGGAGGAGCAUUUUGAGGAUUUUGGGGAGAGCAAUAACUCUGAGCUACUGUUGGAAAGUGGUGAAGACGGCACUGAUGGCGCGGUCGAUUGCCCUCUGGCACAGACCCCUCAGCAGAUCGAUGUCGCCUCCCUGCUGUCUCCAAGUGCACCCGUUCCUCUCCCCGACUGCUUUCAGAGCUUCCUCAAGGAGGAGGCGCUGGACUUUUUCUGUAGCCAGUGUCACAAACAAAUAAGUCGCCUGGAGGACCUCUCCACUCGUCUCAAUUUCCUAGAGAUGACUAGUGCUGGCAAGAGGCUGUCCAGCAAGAAGGUGGCAAGACAUCUUCUGCAGAACAGCUCAAUAACGCUGGACACUGUCAGCGACUUAACCCGCGACAUCCUUGAGUUGGCUGAUAAUGACAUCACAGACAAGAUGCUACUCCUCGAGCGCCGUGUGGCAGAGCUGGAGAAGGACUCUGAAACUUCGGGGGAGCAGCACGCUCGUCUGAGGCAGGAGAAUCUUCAGCUGGUGCAUCGUGCCAACGCCUUUGAGGAGCAGCUGAAGGAGCAGGAGCUUCUCGCUGAUGAGCAGUUGCAAAACGAGAUCCGGCGCCACAAGGAAGCUCUGAGCAAGCUGGAGAGGGAGAAAGGGUUGGAGUUGGAAAACCUGCAGGCCAGAUGGAUGCAACUGGAUGAAGAAAAUUGCGAACUGAGGUCCUGUGUUCCUUGUCUACGGGCUAACAUCGAGAGGCUCGAGGAAGAGAAACAGAAGCUCGAAGAUGAGGUGGACAUAAUGAACGACAAGUGGCAAAAUGAAAUGGAAACCAGGCAAAAGAUGACUGACAAGCUGAGCCAUGAACGGCAUCAGACCCAAAAGGAAAAAGAGAGCACGCAGGAGUUGAUUGAGGACCUACGUAAGCAACUGGAACACUUGCAGUUGUACAAGCUGGAGGCCGAAGCAAAGCGAGGCCGCUCACCCAGCGCCGGACUGCAAGAGUAUCAAACCCGUACUAGAGAGGCAGAACUGGAGCAAGAGAUCAAAAGACUCAAGCAGGACAACCGCAGCUUGAAGGAGCAGAACGAUGAGCUGAAUGGCCAAAUCAUCAAUCUGAGCAUUCAGGGAGCCAAAAGCCUCAUGUCUGCUUCCUUUUCUGACUCCUUGGCAGCUGAGAUCAACUCUGUGUCUCGCUCUGAGUUGAUGGAGGCCGUCCACAAGCAGGAGGAGAUCAAUUACAGACUCCAGGACUACAUUGACAAAAUAAUUGUGGCCAUCAUGGAGUCCAACCCUUCCAUCCUUGAGGUCAAAUAG